GCCAGUAGGAGUAUAAUAUGUCUCAGGCUUGGUGUUCAGUGGAAGGAACUGUGCUACAUCAUUGGUGUCAGUGGGAGGAAUAGUGCCACAUCAUUGGUGUCAGUGGGAGGAAUAGUGCCCCAUCAUUGGUGUCAGUGGAAGGAAUAUUUCCCCAUCAUUGGUGACAGUGGAAGUAAUGAGGCCCCAUCAUUGGUGUCAGUUGUAGGAACAGUGCCUCAUCAUUGGUGUCAGUGGGAGGAAUAGUGCCCCAUCAUUGGUGUCAGUUGUAGGAACAGUGCCUCAUCAAUGGUGUCAGUGGGAGGAAUAGUGCCCCAUCAUUGGUCUCAGUGGGAGCAAUGAGGCCCCAUCAUUGGUGUCAUUGGGAGGAAUAGUGCCCCAUCAUUGGUGUCAGUGGGAGGAAUAGUGCCCCAUCAUUGGUGUCAGUGAGAGGAAUAGUGCCCCAUCAUUGGUGUCAGUUGUAGGAACAGUGCCUCAUCAAUGGUGUCCGUGGGAGGAAUAGUGCCCCAUCAUUGGUCUCAGUGGGAGCAAUGAGGCCCCUGUCAUUGGUGUCAUUGGGAGGAACCGUGCCCCAUCAUUGGUGUCAGUGGGAGGAAUAG